UUAUCCAAAUCAUUCAAGUUAAUAAAGCAAAAAAAAUAAUAUCCAAACGAAUAAAACUGGAAAUUUUAAAUAGUAAUUCUUGAUUUAGACAAUCUAUUAAUGUAAACCUAUGUUUUAAGUCGAGUUAACUCAUAAUUCUUCAUAAUAAUAAAAGAGGAAAAUUCUAUUUAAAAAAGUAAGAGAAAAAAUCUACCCAAAAAAAAAAAAAAAAAUCCAAUAAUUGAAAAAGAGUCUGAUACGACAUCAAUGGCUACCCUUGAUUGCGGGGGUCCUAGUAUAUUGGCGAGAUGACACUUCAACCUGUUUUGUUUGAGACAUCAGAUUAUGUAUGUGUCAUCCAUUAAUGGAUUUAAGACACUUCUACUUUCGCUACCAUUUCUACUUUCACUACCAUUUCUACUUUCAUUUUUCCUUUUCUUUUUUUUUUUAGCAUUUUAUUUUUCUACCCAAUUUUAUUAUUUUUUUUGUGGUCUAGGAAAUUCGGCGUUGGCAAGCGAAUCUGGAUACGUAUUGCCGCCCCUCGAAAACUUAUAACUACCCUUUUCUUCCCUAGUUUGGCAACAAUACUAUUGAGAGUAUUCACAAUUUUGAUUGAAUAAAGAUUGGAUUUUUUUUUUUUCAUUAUUAAUUGAUUUUUUGGAGUAAAAUAUAAUUUCAGAAACCCAUUUCCCCCCUAAUUUUUAACCAUUUUGAAGAUCACAAGCUAAAGAUUGUUUUUGUUCUUCUAAAUUUCCCACUUACCUCUUUCCUCUGAGAAUGCUCUGAUGAGGCUGAUCUGUUGUGGUAUAAGUAUUGUAACAUUGAGGUGUGUAUCGUGAUGAGUGACUUAGCUCUACUGGCACUGUAAAGUCCUCUGUGGAGGCAAUGGUUGCUAAUGAUCUAGAAGAGAUCGAGAUGGAUAGUUCAGAUUCUCCAUUGAAGCAGGAGGACUGCCCUAAGUUGGCUUCGCCAGUCAUUUACGAUUCGGUGAGAAGUCAGUUGCAGGGGACUACAGAACAUGAUUGUACAGACACAAUAGGAAGCAAUGAUUCAGAGCAAUUUGGAAUGAGAAUUUCAGGGUUGGAGUUGUCUUAUGCUGCCAAUGCUGGCCCCCAGUCACCUGCACAAACAGGCCAUGUAGGUAAUAAUUUAAAAUUCGAAAAUAACAAGGACCAUGUCUUAGAUAUAUCCAAUUUUUCUAGUAGUAAAGAUGCGGAUUUGAAGAAGGGUCACUGGCCACACUUGUCUCAGAUGGUAGCUGGCCCUAGGAAUACAAUACCUCGAAGAGAUUCACUUUCAAGAGCUAAGGAUAAGCUUAUGGUUAGCAUCAAAGAGAACUCCAGGAAAGGUGAUAUUGAUGCGUGGAAUAUGAGGCAUCUGAAGAUCAAACACGUUGAUGAGACAGGAAGAGUGUGCUCGGAUGUAUUGCAUGGGAAGAAUCUCAAUACCGAAAGUGCAUUGCUUCCUCAGGAUGCUAGGUUGAGAAUUUUAUCCACAUCUAGUUUCUCACAUUUUUUUGGGAAGAAAACUGCUAAGGGUAAAGGGGUCAUUGAUGGGCGGCUAGGAGAUGAAAUCAAUCUGGACAAUGAUGGGCUUGAUGGCAAUUUUGAGAGUUAUGGAAGGAGGUUAGCUACAUCAGGCAUGACUUCUGAAGACCAAAUGCAGCCCUUGCUACGUUGCAGCAGUGGGAUUGUAAACCAUGAUGGAGUUGACCUGAGAGAAUGGCUUAAGCGUGGUCAUCGUGUGAAGAACAAAGCUGAAAGCCUUAAUUUUUUCAAGCAAAUUGCUGAGCUUGUAAAUUCAGCACACUCUCAAGGUGGUGUCCUACAACAAUUGCGGCCAUCAUAUCUUGUUAUAACUCCAUCAAAUGAGCUAAAUUACAUUGGCUCAUCAACCCAGAUGGACUUGCAUGUUCCUAAAUCCUUUGCUGGUUGCAAGAAAAGGCUCCCAGAAGAAGAUAUCAGUGCUUUCUGUGCCUCUGAUCUGAAGCAACAGAAAGUCCUGAAAGUCCAUAAUCAUGCAUUUUCAGCCUCCUUAGUAACUGGGGUUAAGACUGCUACAGUUCGAGAAACCAAAUAUGAUAUAGGUAGCUCAUCUGUUUCUUAUUAUCCCAACAACAAGACUUUGAGCAUGAUGAGCCAUGGGGUUACUGGGUUGGAGAAGUCUCCUCUGACAAACCUCCAGCUGGAGGAGAAGUGGUAUACUUGUCCUGAAGAGUUUGAUGAGAAAGAUUGUAAAGUUUCUUCAAAUAUUUAUAAUCUUGGAGUGCUGCUUUUUGAGUUGCUUUGCUCAUUUGAUUCGUUGGAUUCUCAUUGUGCUGCAAUGUUUGACUUGCAACAUCGGAUUCUUCCACCAUUUUUUUUGUCUGAAAACCCAAAAGAAGCUGGAUUUUGUCUUUGGCUCAUCCAUCCUAAUCCAUCAUCUCGUCCAACAAUAAGGGAGGUACUUCACUCUGACCUUUUUUGCGGAUCCCAAGAGUUGAAUGUUAGUGAUGAAUUGGCAGUGUUUACUGAUGAUGUUAAUAUGGCUGAGUCAGAGCUUCUGCUGGAUUUUAUAGUUUCUCUAAAAGAGAAGAAGCAGGACCAUGCAAUGAAAUUAGUUGAAGAUAUUAGAUGCAUAGAAACUGAUAUAAAAGGGUUAUUGGGGAAGCCUUCUUCUAGAGCAUCCCCACUUUGUGCUAAAAGAGACUACAAUCUUCAAGAUUUUAUCAAGUCUAUUACUAGGUCGGGUAGUAAUGAGGAUAGAUUAAGAGAUGAUAUGUCACAGCUUGAGAAGGCUUACUUUUUACUGCGAAACCAAACUACUUCAAAAGCUGGUGCUGGUAGAGAAGAUAGAGACUUGUUGAAGAAGAGGGAAACUUGGUCUCAGAUGCAAAAACAGAACGAUUUGGUAAAUAUAAAUCAGGAAUCUGCAUGUGGGUUGGAUGUAUUUUUUGAAGGACUCUGCAAAUUUACUUGCUAUAGUAAAUUUGAGUUGCGUGGAACUCUAAGGAAUGGUGAUCUUUUAAACUCUGCUAAUGUUAUAUGCUCUCUGAGCUUUGAUCGUGAUGAAGAAUACAUUGCUGUAGCUGGAGCAUCCAAAAAAAUCAAGAUAUUUGAGUAUUCUGCUCUUGCAAAUGAUACUAUUGAUAUCCACUAUCCUGUGAUUGAAAUAGGAAAUAAAUCCAAGCUUAGCUGCAUUUCAUGGAACAGCUACAUCCGGAACUAUUUGGCUUCAACUGAUUAUGAUGGUGUUGUCCAGGUGUGGGAUGCAAGCACUGGUGUGUCAUAUUCACAGCACACUGAACAUCAGAAAAGGGCUUGGUCAAUUGACUUCUCACGAAUUGACCCAACAAUGUAUGCCAGUGGAAGUGACGAUUGCUCUGUGAAACUCUGGAGUACUAAUGAAAAAAGAUCAACCUGUACCAUCUGGAGUCCUGCCAAUGUCUGCUGCGUACAAUUCUCCCCUUACUCUUCUCAUCUAUUGAUGUUUGGUUCUGCUGACCACAAGAUUUAUGGCUAUGAUCUUCGGCACAUGAGAAUCCCUUGGUGUACAUUAUCUGGUCAUGAGAAGACUGUUAGCUAUGUCAAAUUCAUGGAUUCCGGAACACUGGUUUCUGCUUCAACAGACAAUACGUUAAAGCUCUGGGAUCUUAACAAAACAAGUUUAUCUGGCAUGUCCUCAGAUGCUUGUCAUUUAACCUUUAGUGGUCAUACUAAUAAGAAGCAUUUUGUAGGCUUGGCUGUUUCGGAUGGAUACAUAGCGUGUGGUUCAGAAAGCAAUGAGGUUUUCACUUACUACAAAUCCUUGCCAAUGCCAAUCACCUCUUACAAACUUAGUUCCAUCAAUCCUUUGUCUCAGCAUGAGGUUAGGGAGGAUGAUGGACUUUUUGUAUCAAGUGUCUGUUGGAGAAGCAAAUCAAACACUGUCCUUGCGGCUAAUUCAAGCGGAAGCAUAAGGUUAUUGCAACUGGUAUAAUUGAUAAAAUGCCGAAUGCUUCUUCAUCAGUGAGUGAAUGAGUCCAUAUUGGGAAUAUGUUUGCUUGUCAGUGGUGGCAUAAUUUCUGAAUAAAUAGCAGCUAACAAUUCAAAAGAAGCUUGAGUUGCAUUAGACAACCAAUGCAAGAGAUUCAGUUAAGGUCAUAAUUAUAGCAAGGAGUCAGUAAAGAUUAGCGAGGAGAUGGGGGAGAAAAGUUGACUUCCUUUGGGUUUGGAUGCUAUCAGGCUGGAAGGUUUUCCAUAAGAUGAACUGCUAUCCAUGACAAGUAAACUAGUGGCUCAAAGGAGAUAAAGUAGUGCUCUUGCUGAAGGCUUCCUGUACGUGGCUGAGUUGGGAUCCUUUCAUCUCAGUUAUAUAACUGGAAAAUUGAGUAGCUAUUUGAUGUUGAAAGCUUCUCUUUUCAAUAUCCAAUAAUAUGAAAGGUCUCUUGUCAUGUAUUUUGAUAUAUCCUUCCAGAACACUGCUUGUUAGGGAGUGCCGUGUUCUUCAAGUUUUGAUCCUCUCUCUAUUAUUUACUGUCUCUGCCUGAGGAUCAUAAGAUAGAAAAGACCUCUCUGGAAGUUGACAUAGUAAACACAACAUAGAGCUUAACUUACAUGUUCUAUUGCAUAUCCACCAAGCAGCUACUUUGAAAAGGAUUUAAGAUGCUCCAGUAAAAUCAGCUGCCUGUUUUGCUAUUUGCAAGCACCCACAAGCUGUACCUUAGGUUUCUGGGAAGGUUAUAAGAUGCUGUAUUGAAGCUCUGCUGGGAAUUUCACAAAUUUGAACUAUAUAUGACUCUAGCAGGGAUUGGAUUCUUCCUUUCCGUGAUAGAUAGAAGAGGAUCAUCUGCAGUUGUCACAUGAUCAUCUCCAGACAUAGAAGCUGCUUCACUGCCAGAUUCUGAGGCAUCUUUGAUAUUAGAUAUACAUUUUUCCCUCUCCAUGACUCGAAAUGCAAACAUCUGAAAUGGGAUUUCUGAAACAGGAUAUGGCUCAUUGCUCAUCCAAGAAGAAAAUUUCUUUAGAAACCCUGACUCAAUAUCAUAGUAAUCAAUAUAAGGAACAGGGGUAUCUGGGUGGCUGUAGUCUGAGUUCAUCAUGAGGAAUCUUUUGAUAUAACGAAGUAUCCUGCAAAUGGAUGAGAAAGUUGGCCGUUGAUCUGGGUCUGUAUGCCAACAUCUCUUAAUAAAAUUUGUCAUAUAUUUAGGGCAGUGGUGUGGAAAGAGUGGCCUUUCCCCAACCCUAAUGUUUCGACUCAUCUUUUCUCCUUGAAGAUGGGAGUCUUCAAAUGGGACUUUUCCCGUGAGAAGUUCAAAACAGAUCAUACCAAAGCUAUACACAUCAGACUUCUUUGUGUACUUUGCAUCAUCAGUUGCACCUUUUGACUCUUCUUGUUCUGUUAAGACUUCUGGGGCAUGCCAGAUGAAUGAUAGUUCCUCACUUGGGUUUGAUUUAUUCUGAGAGUGCCUUGUCACUGAU